AUGACGCUGUUGUACAUACGGGGACUAGCCCCCUACCAACCUGGUGACAACGGUACCGAUGUGAUAAUCAACGAAGUGCACUUCAAUCGAACCGCGCUCGAUACCUACAACUACAGGCUCUACACCAACGGGACACUGUCCAAUGGCACGAACUGCUUCCUAGCGUUCCAGCGAUUCAGGCCUCACAUGUUCGAUGAGAAUGGCACAUUCAUCAAUGGAACCUCGUGCUACGCGCCUAUCAACGCUAUCGGCCAACAUGCGUCUCUCGGCCUAGCAUAUGCCCUGAUGUUCGUCAUCACCAUCUUCCUCAGCCUCCGCAACCUCCGCAAGCACAGCCGGAGUUACCUGCCGCACGACCGUCGCUGGAACAUCGUAAGCCGACGACUUAAAUGGUGCUGGCUCAUAUUCGUCGCUGUCUGCGGCGCCAUCAGCUGCUUCAUGAGCAUCGAUGUCGAUAGAAACUACCUCCAAAGCGCACCCCUGAUCCUCCAAAGCGUAUUCUACACACUCCUAACCCCGGGUCUAAUGGCUGCAGUCUGGGAAGCCGUCCGACACUGGGCAAGAUGGCAAACCCGCCAAAUCCACGACCGCGACCCUUACGCCUUCACCAAAGCCAGCACACGCAGUUGGCAGGAAACCCUCCUCCCUAUCCUCUUCUACGUCCUCGCCCUCUUAAACUUCAUCCUCACUGUACCCCGCAGCUGGUCCGCCAUCGAGCUCCAACGCAGUGAAGAGCAACAGACCCUCACGCCCGCCCAGUGGCAACAGACACCCGCUGGCGCCAUCUACCGCUACAAGCCCCGCCCAUCAAGUCUAGUCGGCCAACUCCUCUUCUAUUUAAACGCCGCGCCCUCGCAAUUCCUCCUCGCCAUCGCCAUCCUGGGAAUCAAAAUCGGUUACGCCAUCGCUUCAGCCUUCGAUUGGACCCUCUCGCCGCUGAAAUACGACGUCCAGUCCGCCUGGAUCUAUGGCCUAGGCUAUACCCCCGCCCUACUCAUCAUUCUCCUCUUCAAUAUCUGCGGCUACUGCGAGCUAAACGAAGACAAGGCACUUAUCGCACAACGCGGGGAGCUAGAAUCCGCGUUAGCCAACGACGAGGGCAUCGGACAGCGAAAUCCACCGUGGUGGAAGAAGCAGCGGCUGCGUUCGUUCGCGAGGGAGAUUACAGGUCGGGGAUCCCCGAUCGACAGAGAUAGGGAGGAUAUGGCCCGGUACGUCGAGAUGGGGAUCAUCAAACCGCAGGAGCAGAGCGGGGAUAGAGUCAUGGGUGUCUCAGAGGUGAACAAGGAGGAACCCGGCGUUACGACGCGGCAGGCGACAAGCACUACUUUUGAGGAUGAUGGGUCGGAGUCGCCGCUGGAUCAUAUCGAGUAUGUUGUGCAACCGGAGCGGAGUGCGUCUCCGCAGCCCAUCCCCGGGGGAAGGAAUAUAUGA